CUUCCCGUUGCCCCAAACACCAAACACUCCUGCCAGAGCUCUGCGGCUCGCUCGCUUGAUCUCUCCAGCCGCCGCCGCCGCCGCCCGCAACCAUUUCCGCACGGGAGGAGGACGCCGUCAAACGCUCCCGCGAACCGCAUUCUCAAGUGCCUCGGCCUCGGCCUCAGCCUCCGCAGCCAGCCUCUUCGGCCGCAGCCUUGAUGGUUUCAUGCUUCGGAUGCAAGGCAGAAAAAAGCUCAAUGGUGGGUCCAGUUGCGAUGAAAAGGCACCAAGGGUCAACUGGCCACACCAUGCAAAUGCUAUUCAAAGCUCCUCUAGCAAAGAUGACUUUCUGAGUUCAAGUUUUUUGUUCUCUUUGCCAACACAAAGGCCUAAUCCAGAAGCAAAUCGUGAGAUUAUGCUUUCUUUAAGGUCUUCUGCUUGUAAAAUCCAAGGCCCAGAACGCCUUCAAGUUCCAUGGAUUGAGAAGGCCUGGCGUUCUCUGUGCAGCACUCAGGUUGCCUGCAAGAGUUAUUUAAGUCCUGGUUUAUCUGCAAAAGUGAAAGAUUGUGAUAAGGGUUGUGCUCGUACUUAUGGAGAAGGUUCAAAUAACAUUAACAAAAUGGCCACUGUGCCAGGAAAUAGGAUUCUCUCCCAGGAAAGGUUUCAUGAACCCACUGAAAGUGGUUCUCUGGAGAACAGCAACCAUCAACCUGCUGGCAUCAACUCCUGUGCACGGACUUACCGAAGCAAUCAUGUAGUUCAGGCAGAUAUCAUUAGAACAACAAAUCGGUGCAGUUUUACAAGAACCAAUGCUGAAAUACACCAGACUGCUCCAGUUGCGGAUAACAUGUGCACUGAUGAUAAAUUGGAUACCAUGGAUGAUGAUGAUAUUCUGGCGUUUAUGUUUCAGAGUAUUGAUGUGGACCGAAUAGUUAUGGAACAUUAUCAAGCAACAAAUACGCCCAUAGGAUCAGCAUCCCAUAAUAUGUCAACUCCAUCAGGAAAUACGUGUAACUUCAGUGGCUUGGAUGAGAACAAUUUACCACAAGAACUCUCUGAACUAUGCAAUCAUCAUUGCAUGCUAGCUUUUUGCCCAGAAGCAAUGGUUCAUUUGCAGGAGAUGAAGGAUAAGCUCAUUGCAGUAUCCAAUGAACUUCUUGAUGGUGAUGGUAAACUCAACCCUCAACACUCCGAAGAGCUUCGUCAAAAGAGAGUGCAUCUAAACAAACAGAUUCAGCUGCUCGGGGAGUAUAUGGCACAGUCAACCCAAAAUGAGGAGAGACAGAGAUCACACUCUAUGGCAUCCACACCAGCUAUAUAUGGGCAUCACCCCCCUAUGACCCCACAUAACACUUUUUUAAUGGAUAAUGAUAGAUUCCAAUCUCAGGUUUACACCAGGAAUGGACCAGGGAACAGUGAUUUAUGCUAUUCUCCUGCCCCAGAUAACCUAAGCGCGCCAUUAAAUUCUGUAUCGAGAGAUUAUGCCCCGAGGAUUAUAGAUGUUAACUACACCGAAGGUUCUGAUGAUAAAAGGUGGGGCAGUACAAAUUUUCCGUGGACUAAGGAACUUGAGGCCAAGAACAAAAACAAGUUUGGAAACCGUUCUUUCCGUCCAAAUCAGCGAGAAAUAAUCAAUGCCACAAUGAGUGGGAAUGACGUUUUUGUUUUGAUGCCAACUGGUGGUGGGAAAAGUUUGACCUAUCAGCUUCCAGCUCUUAUUAGUGAGGGAAUAACAUUAGUAGUUUGUCCCCUUGUCUCACUCAUCCAAGACCAGAUCAUGCACUUGUCACAGGCAAAUAUUCCUGCAACUUAUCUGAGUGCCAACAUGGAGUGGCCUGAACAGCAAGAGAUAUUAAGAGAGGUAAUGUCAUGCCACUACAAGUUGUUGUAUGUCACUCCAGAGAAAAUAGCAAAGAGUGAUGCUCUUUUGAGACUAUUGGAAAAUGUAUAUUCACGAGGGCAUCUUUCAAGAAUUGUUAUUGAUGAAGCUCAUUGUGUAAGCCAGUGGGGUCAUGAUUUCCGACCUGACUACAAGAAUUUAGGUCUUUUAAAACAAAAAUUCCCAAAGACACCAGUCCUGGCCUUGACGGCAACAGCAACUGCUAGGGUUAAGGAAGAUGUUGUUCAAGCUUUAGGCCUCGAAAAUUGUUUUGUUUUCAGACAAAGUUUUAAUCGUCCAAAUCUGAGGUAUUUUUUAAGGCCCAAGACAAAGAAGUGCCUCGAGGAUAUUGAUAGCUUUAUCCGCACAAAUCAUCUUAAAGAAUGUGGCAUCAUAUAUUGCCUUUCAAGAAUGGAUUGCGAAAAAGUGGCUGAAAAACUAAGGGAAUGUGGACACAUAGUAGCGCAUUAUCAUGGUAGCAUGGAUCCUGUGGAUAGAACACGUGUACAAAAGAAGUGGAGUAUGGAUAAGAUCAACAUAAUCUGUGCUACAGUUGCAUUUGGGAUGGGUAUUAAUAAACCUGAUGUUCGUUUUGUUAUUCAUCAUUCACUGCCCAAGUCAAUUGAAGGAUAUCAUCAGGAGUGUGGACGUGCUGGUAGAGAUGGGCAACCUUCAUCUUGUGUGCUAUAUUACCAGUAUUCUGACUAUAUUCGUCUCAGGCACAUGCUUACACAAGGAGUUGCAGAACAACCAGCAGCACCACGUGGAGGCUAUUCGUCUUCACAUGAGCAGGCACUUGAAACACAUAAGGAGAAUCUCCUGCACAUGGUCAGUUACUGUGAAAACGAUGUGGACUGCAGACGUCUACUUCAACUGAUCCAUUUUGGUGAGAUGUUUGAUCCCUCACUUUGUGCAAAAACCUGUGAUAACUGCUUGAAAGAGUUGAGAUGGGUUGAGAAAGAUGUCACCAACAUUGCUAGACAAUUGGUUGAACUGGUCACUAUGACAGGGCAGUCAUAUUCAUCUUCUCACAUUCUUGAAGUUUACAGAGGUUCUUUGAGCCAAAUUGUCAAGAAGCAACGUCAUGAUAAUUUGACUCUUCACGGAGCUGGGAAGCAUCUAGCUAAAGGUGAGGCAGCUAGGAUAAUGCGAUAUUUAGUAACUGAGGGAAUGCUUAUUGAGGAUGUCAAAAAGAGCGACAACAUAUAUGGAUCAAUAUCAUCUGUCCUAAAGGCCAAUCAUCCGAAAGCUAGUGAUCUUCGCUCUGGCAAGCAAAGCAUUGUCCUAAAGUUCCCCACUCCUGGGAAUGCCCCCAAGAUGGGGAAACUUGAUGAAUCAUCGUUUCAGCAAAUUAAUAAGACUGUUCAACAGCAAAGUGAGGUGGAUGAGAAUCUUGCGUCGAUGCUCUACCAUGCUUUACUUUGCCUUAGGGGUCAGAUAAUGGAUGAGUGUAAUGAAGGAUAUAAUGCAUACCACAUAUUCAAAACGGACACAUUGAGGGAAAUGAGCAUCCGAGUACCAAGAACAAAAGAAGAGCUUUUGGAGAUAAACGGCAUCGGCAAGGCGAAGAUCAAGAAGUACGGGGACCGAGUGCUUGCAGCCAUAGAGGACUUCCUCAGCAAACACCCAAACCCAAGGAAGAACAUCAGCGGCAAUGAGCACACCGAAGCAGCAAAGAAGCGAAGAGGCUGCACCACCGCUAAUGCGUUAAGUAACGGCGACGACUUGGAAGAACGCACGGUUCAGUCCAAGAAGCGCGUGGCAAAGACGACGCGGGGCACCAAGCAGGGAGUGUCCGAUGCCGCGAGCAUGGUCCACGGCGCCCGGUGUAUGGAUGCCGAUCUGGAUGGGUUUGACGACGAGCUGUGCAGUGUCCAAAAUCCUGUGGCUUCCGGUAGGGUUCUGCCGAAGUGGGCACCCGGCAAAGCCAAGGCCAACCAGGUCCCCGCUUCUAACUUAUUCCAAGAAUUUGGAUAUGUCAGGUAGGAGUUGUGGGCUACCAGUAAGAUGUUAGGGUGCUGGGCAUAUGGUAGUCCAUCUCUUCCAGGAUAGUUCACGGAGCAAAUUAUAGCAUGCAUGGCAGUAGUGCAAGUGGCUUCUGCGAUUGAUAAUUCGCAGUGUAUCAUCUCCUAUCGACCACUCUUAGCUCCUUUUCUGUUCAUGCUUAGCUCCAAUUCAUUCUCUCUCUCUCUCUCUCUCUCUCUCUCUCUCUCUCUCUCUCUCUCUCUCUCUC